AUGUUUUUGAGAGCGAUCCGAGCUGCGGAGCCGACGUUGAAGGAGCUGUCGCGGAGAGUCUUCUCUCCUUGGAAGGGGAACCAUGUCGCCUGUGGCGACCUGAGUUCCACCAUCAUCCCGUGGGGGUUCGUGUCCCAACAGAAGGUAUCGGAAAGCGUCAGGCCAGACCGGGCGGGCGACGGACCGGGGGACGACGGCAGGGUAGAGAAGCGUGCGGAGCACCUCAACCUCGACACGUGGGAGUUCCUAAGGGGAGCCGAGCUUGCCUACCGAUGCGCUGCUGGACUCUUCGCGCCCCCGCCGCACAAGCGGAAGGACCCACCGCCAUUCGAGGAGGCAGCAACCGCUGCCCCAGCUUUCGGUCAAGCCGGUAGCCGGGGGGAAUGCGGCGGCGGGGGUUCCGUGGCUGGGUCAGCGGCGGGGGCGGGGGGAGGAGGGGGUUCGGCUAACCUAGGACCUGAUAUGCCGCCGCAGAGAGCUCAAGGGGGAAGAACAACGCCGACGGACUUCUUUGACUUCGACGUGGCAUCGCCUGAAAUGAGCAUGUUUCUUAACGAUGUCUUGGAGUCAUACCGGGCGCAGGGGCUGGUGCCGCGGCUUUCGGUAGCCAGCGUGGAGGCAAAGCUGUGCAAGGUCGGGGUUCGGCUCGGUGGGAUUUCCAAGAACACAAAUUUCGGGAUGAUGAGCGCCGACGAGGCGAGGUACCACCUUACCAUGGGAAUGCUGGGACCUGAAGGGGUGUUGAUAAACGAGCUGGAGGGAAGAGCGCCCCAGAGGGUCAUCGCGGACGUAGAGCUGACCUGCGAAGAGGAAUUCGUGGUGGAAGACGGCAAGGGGAACGUGGUUCACAAGCUCGAGUCGCAGGGCCCAAAGGUGCACUACAUUACGCUUCAGAGCAACAUCGGGAAAGACGCCGAGCUGGAGUGGCAGAUCACCAACAUCAAUGAUGUGAUCAAGCCGACGUUCAACUACUACUUCUCUCGCUUCGGGCACUGAACCCCGCGCGCAACGCCAUGGAGUUCAACGAGAAUGGGCUCGUUGAAGGUCGUUUCUGCCCUGCACUUCCGCAAUAUUCUGCUGAGUGUGAAUGUGGCGUUUUCGACGUCAGUUUUCUGCAGCCAGUCUGUCGCUGAUGCCCCGUACGCGUGCUGCAUUGGACGGGAUCACGACCACGGGCGGAGGAAUGGAUGGGUCAGAGGAACAUGAAGAGUUUUCCGUUGCGGUAGGGCAGCCAGCAGUGGUGUCAGAAAUAACCGUUGUUCUCUGGUAAGGGUGGAAGCACGCACCAUUUUAGGCGCGAACCAUAGAUAUUAGAGUGGGGAGAUUACAUGGGGCAGGUAUAGAAAAGGCCCAUUCGUCUACUCAAACGCAGUUCUUGAAUCGAUGUUGAAUAUAUGCCCCGCAAGUUUGAAGGGUUUCGUAAUGUCUAGACUAGAGAAGCCCAGGAAUUCAGAGCACGUGUUGCUGCCGAAGGUGCGAGGAAGGCGACUUAAGGUAAUCGGAAACCCCGGCGCAAUAUAUAAAUACCCGGUGGUUGGGGUUGGGAAAGGGCGUACGCACGUGUGUGGUGCGUGCAUGUAUCACGCAAAUGAGUUCUUAACCGGCUGCGCCAACCGGCUGCAAACACAAGUAUUUCUGUUUUUGGCGUGACAAAGAACCCGAUGAUUUGCUUGUUCAAACCGGUGGUGAAGUGCAUGGGCGCGUCAUUGGCCUGCGGAAGGGAAUGUACGCAGGUGUACCAGAUCGAAGAAAUAGACGCCCCGGGGAAAAUGAAGUAAGUGCUGCUUGUACGAUAGACAAGGGUGGCACCACACCCCUGUGGGUUGGUGCUGUGCUAUGUAGGCACAGGGUAUGGUAUAUUUUAGUCGACUUUUCGCCGUCCGCCAGAAUGAUGCAAAUAGAAAAUGAGGAGUGACAGACGUGUCCCUCCCUGCAGUCUGGUCUGGUGACACGCAACAAUAUGUCGUUUGCAAGUUCUUUGCUUGCUGAUUGCGAGAAAAUCGCGAGUCUGCUGGAUGCCAAGUGAGAAACUUUGUGUGU